UUCUACUCCACAGGUCUUCACGAUUCAGUCAACAUCUCGUUGCUGACACUGGCUGUCGCGGACCUGUGCAGCGUCACAUUAAUGCUGUGGACAUCCAUCUGGGAGGUCAUUGACCUGACUCACCCACCGCCGUUUCUGCUUGACCCCUACAGCGUCAGCAUGAUCACGGGGACGCUCCCGAGAAUCAUUCUCAACCGGGUCAGCUGCUGGCUGACGGCGCUCAUCUCCGUCGAGAGGUGCGUCUGCGUGGCGUUUCCGUUCAAGGUCAAGGUCAUCUUCACACGCCGUAACUCGUCGCUCCUGGCAUCGUCCGUCUUCUUUGUCAUCUUCACGAGCCAUUUGUCUAUUUACAGCUCUCGUUACCUGGCCCCCAAGUGGAUCCCAGCUCUCAACAUUACACGGUACUCCAUUGUCGCAAUCAACGAGCCCUUUGAGGUUGUGAAAACGUCCCUGCUAUUUUUGUUCUUACCGCUGAUGAAUAUCAGUUUCAUAAUACUUUGUACCGUCGUCCUCAUUGUGAAACUGAAGGUGUCGACGAGCUGGCGCAAGAACACGGGCACGGGGAAUCAUCACGUGGAAUCCGCAACUCAAGUUCGCCUUGGUCUCCAGCGCGAGGAGAUUAAAGUUGGUGACAGCAAGGGCGAGUCGCGUGGCGGGGCUGCCUCUGCGGGGUCCAAAGACGCAAGGGUCACCAAAAUGAUUUCAACCAUCAUGGUUAUUUUCGUCAUGUGCAAUACCCCCAGCAACGUGCUGCUGGCGGCCAGCGCGAUCAUUCCUGGGUUUAAUGAGAUCGGAAUGCACAGUCGGCUGUUUGUGUGCGUAUACAUCCUGACCGUUCUGCUGGAGACCGUCAACGCCACGGUCAAUUUCUUUGUUUAUUACGCCAUGAGUUCAAAGUUC